AUGAAAGGAGUACUACAAGCCAUUCUGUUAAUUGGUUUGCAUCAACUAGCGAACAACCAAGCAAACGGAAAUCGUCAUUCGAUAACCCUAAAGACCGCAGUACGGGUUCAUAAGGACUGUCGAAAAAUUCUUCAGAUUCCGAUGGAAGCUCCGGAGGGCGAGUGCGAAGACCGCUGUGAGAUUAUUAUAGCUCGAGCUUGGGAUGACAUCCGAGGUCCCGCUUUAAACAUGUUGAGGGCAUUUUGGCAUCCCCAGGACCCUCAGGACGAGUGUUACAUCGAUCGAACCUAUCGCUGUUUCCUGUGGAAUCGGGACCGGUUCAAUUUGACUUCGCCGGAACUUUGCCGGCGUGCUCAGGAAAUGUCUCUCUGUUUCGACUACUACUACGGGAGAAAGGAAUAA